CACUGACUUGGUAGUCACUUUUAUAGGUUCAAGCGCUUAAGCAUAGCACGUCAUCCGACAGACCAAGUAUAUUGCGCGGCUACCAUAUCGCUACUACUCACCGAGGUAAGCAAGGUAAGCAAGCGGAUAGGAGACAGUUGUUCCUGUUGCUAUACGUAGAACCUGCGCAUCAUAUCCAUCGCAGGCACAAUCUGGUGCCGCAUGCCCUUCCCAUCUUCUAAGCCACCUGGCAACCCAACUCCUGUACCAUACACCAUGAGGUGGUUGAAUCGCUGCUUCAUUUCGCGUUGUACAACUGCCCUAACCCGCAGCAUCUGGAGAUUUUCACCACCCGAAUCCGAAACACCCGCCGCAAUCUGUGUUGUCACGCCACAGCGCCCUGAACGACAUACUCAAACUCACGGCAUGGUAAAUGACUCCGCCACAUUGUAUGUUACACGUAAAGCGACCAUUCGGCCCUAUUGCUUUCCCUCUCUCGCGAAACGGGAUAACUACCUGGUGGCAAUGCUAUGCCAAGCAAGGGAGUCGAAGAUGCAAGAAGGCUCUCCCCGCCCCCAUGUACACGCCAGUUUCCAGGACCGUCCUUGCUUCGAUUUCUCUGCUGUGGUACGGGAAGCGCCGUCAAUAUUCGAAUCGAUCGUGGUGCUACCGUAUGUUAUGGCCAAAUAUACCUUUUUGUCGACGUUGCUCUUGGUCUUAUAGAACAUCGUUCUCCCUCUUCAUCUGCCGCGGCGUCGAGGUCUAAGCUGAAAAAGCGUGUCUGGGUAUGAGGACAUAUUUCUCUUCGGGGCUUCCACUAUCUGGGAUCUCGGUAUGUUGGUGUUUGCUGCUGCCGCUGAGGGCACCGAUUUUUCCGCGGAUCUAUGAGAGAGGGGUGAUGAGCAGCUCGAGGCAGGGGGUGCGCUCGUCAGUUGAGUUGGAGAG